AUGGCAGCCCCCAUGACUUCUUCCCUCCUCUUGGCGCUGGCGUGCUCGCCGACGGCGGCGGCCAAGCUGCUGCGCGGGUCGGUCGCGGCGGCGAACGGGACCGUGCCGCAGCUGCCGGCGGCGAACUACGCGGGCAUCGGCUACGACAUCCUCCAGGGGAAUCCGCUCGCCGACGGGCUCGACAAGGGCUACCGGGCGGCCGUGCUCGACGCGGCGAGCUUCGCGCAGGGGCUCAAGACGCCGGACGGCAAGUGGGCGAUCCCGGACAACACCGAGGCCGUCAUGGCGUCGGCGUGCGACAUCCAGAGCGGCGGCUCGCAGCGGCUCGUCACGGGCGAGACGUCGCUGGGGACGACGUCGCAGAACGACGUGAGCGUCGGCGGCGAGGCGUGGAAGGUCGUGGCGUUCAAGGCGUCCGCCGGCUUCAAGAAGACGACGAGCGACGUGACGGCGAGCUCGGACGACACGGUGGUCUUCUACAGCCGGGGCACGAUCGAGCUCUACAAGCUCAACGUCGAGACCGCGCUGGCGACGCCGUCGCCGAACUUCGCCGCGGCCGUCGGCGCGCUGCCGACCGACGCGGACGGGCGCAUCAAGAGCACCUUCGCGGCCGGCGCGGGCUUCGAGUACUGCCUCGGCGUCGACGCGGCGACGGCCUACGACGACCAGGGCACGGGCCUGAUCUACCUCGCGUGCGACCAGGCGGACCCGAAGGCGAUCCAGUGGCAGCUCGUCGACGGCCGCCUCAUCAACGGCCUGAACGGGUUCUGCCUCGAGCAGAACGUCGAGGCGCCGUGGGCGUCGGGCGGCGCGCGCGCCGACGCGUGGAACUGCGACGCGGCGGACUCGGUCGGCGACGAGCGGACGCGGUGGACGAUGGACGGGUCGGCGCUCAAGAGCGCCCAGUCGGGCUACUGCCUCGAGGUCAACCCGGGCCUCAGCCGCGUCUACCCGGACGCGUGGAAGUGCGCCGACGUCGCAAAGAUGGCCGACAAGCGCGCGAGUUGGACCGUGACGGACGCGGCGGCCUUUUCGACGACGGGGUCGACGCUCGUCACGGGCUGGGAGGGCUGGUGCCUCUACGGGGCCGAGGCCUUCGACGGCAAGAACGGCGCGGCCGUCGCCGUCGCGCCGUGCGACCGCGCCGACGUCGCGGCGUCCGCGUCCUGGAAGCGGGUCGGCACGAGCAUCGUCAACGUGAAGAGCGGGUAUUGCCUCGAGAUCAAUCCGUCCGACGCGUACAACCAGCCCGACGGCUUCGCGCUCGACACGUGGGACUGCGGCGCGGCGACGUCGGAGAACGACAACCGGACGUCUUGGACGGUCGCGGGCGACGGGACGGUCGUCAGCGGCUACGCAAAGGCGGCCGCGUCGUUGUGCCUCGAGGUGAACCCCUAUCUUUCCGAGAUCAAGCCGGACCUCUGGGACUGCGCGGCCGCGUCGCGCUUCGGCGACGGCCGCGCGGCGCACGACCUCUCGAGCCUCGGGAAAGGCGGCGACGUCAUGCGCGCCUACGACGCGCUCGUCGAGACGUUCGGGACGCACUACGUGUCGUCGACGACGCUCGGCGCCAAGUACGGCCUCCUGCAGGAGGCGACGUCGGACAGCGCGUCCCACUUCCAGGGCCAGGGCCACACGUGGUCCGCGGGCGCCCAGGCGUCGUUCAAGGGCGUCACCGUCGGCGCGGACCACAUGUCGUCCGACGAACAAGCCCUCAGCGACGCCUGGACGGCGUCGCUCAAGUCGUCGUCGUCGUUCUUCGUCGGCUCGGACCCCGUCGCGGCGAUGCAGAACGACCUCGACGGCUGGAAGGCGAAGAUCGCCACGAACCCGAUGCCCGUCGGCGGCGCGGUGCUGCCGAUUCUGGACCUGCUCACGGCGGCCCACUUCCCCAAGGACACGCAGAUCUCGAACAAGCGGACGCUGCUCGCCAAGGCGCUCGGGGCGUGGUGCGCGACCGUCGACGCGUCGAAGGAGGCGUGCGCCGCUUACGCGGCGGACCGCGGCUCGGACCUCACGUCCUGCCCCGAGGACGCGAGCGGAAACGAGUGCAGCGGCCACGGAUCGUGCAUGAGCGAUAAUACGUGCGCGUGCGAUCCCAACUACGGGGGCACGGCGUGCGACGCCAAGUGCGGCAGCGUGACGUUCUACGGCUCCGACGUCGACAGCUACGGCUGCGGCGCGGAGAACGGGUCCGUUUCGCAGUGCACGCAGCUCUCCGCCGACGUCGUCUGCACGAAGCUCGACUGGGAAUUUGGGGGGGCUACCGAGUGGCACGACGCCGAGGCCGACCACUGCAUCACACCAAUUGAGGGCCCGAAACAAUGCAACAAGAAAGACUGCAGCGGGUGGGACUCCUUUUGGGGUUGCAACUCCUGGGACUGCCACGCCUUCACCAGCAUCACCUGCGCCUACCCGUCGACAUGCUCUUCGGCCUAG